UUACUCAUAAAUUAGUUGUCAUCUUUAUUAUCAUCAUUCAUAUCCUCAAUUAUUAAUAUUUUUAUUUUUUUUUCCAAAAAAAAAACUUGGAUAAGCCUAUACUUAUACCCACCAACUUUUGGACCCCUUCUUCAUCUUCAACCUUCAAAAUUUCUCUCUUUUGCUUACUUUGACACUUUCUACCACAAAAUUUGAAUUGAAUUUUUUUUUUUCUACCUAAUCUCUUUUUAAUUUUUCUGAUCUUUGAAAUUUGAAGGUUGGAAAAAAAAGUCAAAAAAAAGUUUAAGAGAACUUUAAUUUGUUCGAUUCUAGCACUUUUUGAUCCAAAAGUUGAAGUGGGUCUAACUUUAAAAGACCACAAAACCCCAUAAAAAAAAUACCCAACCUUUUAUUUUUCUUACAUUCUUAAAAAAAAAAUAAAAUAAAAAAUGGCAUCUUCUUCUUGUUCUUUGAAACAUGGAAUCUCUGUUUCUGGGUUUAUUGAAAAAACCAUUGUUAAACCCAAAACCACUGAACAAUUCCCUCAAAAUUAUGACUUUAAAACCACCCAACAACAAUUUCCAGAUUUGAACUGCCAAUUUCUGGGACAAUCCCUUAUUGUCUCAGAUCAGAAGAAUUUACCAAUCUCAACUACCAAAUUCUCUGUUCAGGCACAAGCAUCAUAUUGUGUGAGCAAAGCAAUGAGAUGGUGGGAAAAGACAUUGAAGCCUAAUAUGAUAGAGAUCCGUUCAGCUCAACACCUUGAUGAUGAACUUAAGAAUGCUUUUGAUAAUCUUGUUAUUGUUGAUUUUUAUUCUCCUGGUUGUGGUGGUUGCAAGUCCCUUCAUCCCAAGAUUUGUCAGCUGGCUGAGUCAAACCCAGAUGCAAUUUUCCUGAAGGUCAAUUAUGAGGAGCUGAAACCAAUGUGCCAUGCUUUGAAUAUACAUGUUUUGCCCUUUUUUAGGUUUUACCGUGGUGCAGAAGGCCGUGUUUGUAGCUUCAGUUGUACAAUAUCAACAAUUAAGAAGUUUAAAGAUGCAUUAGCAAAACACAAUACAGAAAGAAGUUGUAGCCUGGGAGAAGCUAAGGGGCUAGAGGAAUCUGAGAUGAUUAAAUUGGCAUCAAUGGGUCAAUUAUCCCUCGAUUCGCGUGUACCGACAUCGAUUAAGGAUGGAUUAUUAGAAGAAUUGAUGUUAGAGAAGAUGGAUUUCUCUAACUCAAAGAAUGUGACUGCAAAUAAUGCAAUGUUGGUUAGCUGAUUUAGGUUAACAUGAAAUGUUGUUAGCCUAAAGUUUAUUUCUUUAGUUUAGGGACGUAAAUAUUUAAUUUGGUGGGUUUGAUACAAGGUUAAGGGGGGUUCUGGGUUUUUUUUUUUUAAUUAAUCCCUUGUUAAUUUUAGAUUGAUUGAAAUUAUGUCAUUUUUUAUAAUGUAAUUUAUGAUCUGGAUGAAAUGGGAAAAAAAAAAUUCAGAUCCCCAAGAUCAUACAGUAUUUCAGAUACCAGACUGUCUUAAUCCCUAACCAACUCUUGGUUGAUGAUUACUGCCA